AUGGUAGAACACACACUCGUCGAUUGUUCUCAGGCGGGUGCCAUGCAAACUCUAACGCCUCAGCCACAUCGUGAAGCUGAUGAUGAUCAGCUCGCGGACGAAUAUGUUCAAAAUUUUGAAUUAGAUCACCUGGAAGAUCAUCACCUUGUAAAACGCGAGCCUCUUCGGCCGGGCUGGCAUGAGCUUGUUGAAACCUUACCUGCAUGUGCCCGUGCUUGUCGACAGUGGCCUGAUGCUGGGCCCUAUCCGCAGCCGCAUGUAGCGAUCGCCGUAGAUCCCAGUACACCGCCAGAAACACCACCCGCGCCUCUGGGUCGUAGUCCUUGCCGUGCUCCUCCUGUGGAUGACGUGUUGUGGUUACCUCAUAUGCGCGAACCUCUCGAUAUGCGUACAGUUCCUUGCGGCAGUUUUGAAGAAUGGGACCGUCGCGAGUGGAGGGAGCAGGAUCAUCAUUUGCAGCAAGUGGGUCUACGUCCAUCCAGUUCAUGCUCUGCCGUGUCACCACGUACAGCUCAGCACCAAUCUUAUCAGCCAUCAUCGUGUGGCGACGACUUAAUAAGUGAUGACUUAUUGAUGACCUUAAGUGUGCGCGAACUUAAUAAAAGAUUGCACGGUUUUCCUCGCGAGGACGUCACACGAUUGAAACAGAAAAGACGCACUUUGAAAAAUCGUGGAUAUGCCCAGAAUUGUCGAAAUAAGAGGCACCAACAGAAGCAGGAAUUAGAAUUGGCAAACCGUUCCCUUCAGGACGAAAUUCAUCUACUACAGCUACAGGUCGCACGCGUCUCGCACGAGCGGGACGUGCUGAAGCAGCGGCUGGCGCUGGUGGGGCGCGAGCACGCCGUGCCGCAGCACGCGGGCCACGCGCCGCCCACGCCGCAUUCCUCCCCGGAGUUCUUCUCGGAGCUGUGACGGCAGGGCGCGGCGCCGCGGUCCGCCGCCGCUUCUGCCGCUACCUCUGGCGCCUCCUCCUCUGCAUGCGCCUGGCAGCGCUAUUGAAGCACUGCGAUGACGGACUGCUCAUGCUUUUGUUAAGUUUGAAAAGUUACUGAUAAAUUAUCACCAGUUCCAGUUUUAUAGUUUUUCUAAUGGUGGAACAAUGAAGCCGCGAAGUCUGAGUGAAAUGACUAUUCAAACACCGUGUUAAAUGUAUGGUUGUGUCGUAUAAUAUUAUUCAUAGCUUCGUUAAAGUAUAUGUAUUAUAAAAAAUUAUACAUAAGUUAU